AAAAAGUGUAGGUUAACAAAAAAUAUUUAUUUAAUAAAAAAAAAAAAAAAAUUAUUUUUACGUGGAAAAUAAUAUUUGGUUAAAUUUAAGGAAAUCGGGAAGAAUGUGGUUCUUUCAUUAUAAUUGUGGAUAGCUUCUUCAAAAACUAUCACACAAAAACCACCCACCAAGAGUUGAUAUCCUUUUUAGAAUGGCUGAAUUUUUACCACUCUGUGAUGUUUUGUUCACCGUAAUAUCUUUAGCCGGGUAUUUUUGUGAUGUAAUUUUUGAUUUAGUUAUGGCUUGGGCACUUGCUGGUCGUGGAAAAACUUUAAUUUGUAUUGCCUCAUUAACAAUGAUUGCGUUUAGUUUAAUUGUUUCUCAGAUCGUAUCAUUGAGAUGGUAUUUACAUACAAGAGCCCAAAGACAAAGUGAAUCAAAUAAAGAAAAAACAUUGUAUCGGACAAUGACUGUAUAUUUAGCAGUAAUUUUACAUAUUUUCCAAUGUGGAGUAUUAUGGAGAUAUGCAAAAUUAUUUAUUCCUGUUGAUUUACGUCAUGUCAAACACGAAGUUCGAGAUCUCUGUAUGUUACGAUUAAUGCAUGCAUUCUUGGAAGCAGCUCCAAUGUUAUUACUUCAAGUCUACUUAUUGGUGUGUCCAUCAACAGAUUUACCUCAUUCAAAGCCAUUCUACGAUUUAAAUGUUGUGUCUGCAGUUUUAUCAUUAUUUUCAGUUUGUUGGGCAUUAGCUAGUUUUAGUAAAAAUGUUCGCCUACAAAAUGUUCAUCGAUUAGUUUUAACUUGGCUUGGUGUUAUUUUUCAGUUUUUAUGGCGACUUGGAACCGUUUCGGCUCGAGUAACAUCAUUAACAAUGUAUGCUUCAUUAUACGGAUAUUGGAUAUUUCUUGUAAUUGGUUUACAUUGGUUUUGUAUGUUUUUAUGGUUAAUAUCACCAAAAAAUGUUUUCCAUGGUGAACGUAUUUCCAAACCCCGUAAAGCUUAUCUUAGUGCAUUAAUCGCUUUUGUUUAUGUCUUCGCUUAUGUAAAUUUACAAGAAGUUAAUCAUCGUCAAAAAAUGGUGACGUUUUACGUAGUGAUGUUGUUAGAAAAUUCAUUAUUAAUAACUGCCUGGUUAGCAGGAAAUUGGUACGAUAAACCUGCUGAUUGGUAUAUAGUUCCUCUCUUAGUGACUGGCCUUUUUACAAUUGGCUUAGUAUUUAUGUUACUUUAUUAUCGAUAUUUUCACGUACGUCGUUUAGGAUACGAAGCUGGUGGAAGAUUACCUCAAAUGAAUACAAAUAAUAACUAUUGUAUAUCGUGUAAUGGAAUUUGUGAAUGUAAUGAAAAUCAGGUAGCACCUUCUAAUUCUAAACUAGAAGAAAUUCAUCAAGAAAAUGUGAAAUAUGAGAUGAGUAAUUUGGAGAAUAAUAAAAUUGCUACCAAUAGAUAUCAUCAACAUUCAAUACCAGGCGUAUUUAAUUGCCGCUUUUCAAAUCCAGUUAUUGCUAGUGUCGCUACUAAAAGGAAAAAGAAGAAACCGACAACAUUUGUACCACCACCGACGAUGACAUUAACACAAAAUUUAGGUCCAACUUCAGUUCCAUUUUGGCGACGACCUUUACCAAAUCAGCACAAUCAUCAGGGCGGAUCAUCUGAAAAUGAAGGCAGCAGCGUUGGUUCACGUGUAAAUAUUCAUCAAAAACUUCAAGAAAAGAAGCAAAAACAAUUAGCCGAAUUAAAAAUAAUUGAAGAAGAAAUCAAACAAGGAAAAUUAGUUGGACCAAAUACAAAUUCAUUAUCUGCCACCGACGAAACAUUUAAUUCAUUACCCCGUCAACCGAUACCAACAACAAAGAAACAUGUUGAACCGAUUUGUUGGCCUCCACCGAGCCCCGAUUUAACUGAUUUAACAGAUUUAAACGCGUAUACCAAAAAUAUUAACGAAUACCAACAUAACUUAAGUGAAAUCAAUACAAAUUCAACAAAUUUAAAUAAAUUAACGAGCUACAAACAAAAUUUAAAUAAUUUAAAUACACUUAACGAUCUUAAUUACAAUUCUCAAAUUUUAAAUAAUAGUUUGAAUCGUAUGUCCACAAAUUCAUCACCCGGUCUAAAUAAUCAACCAAAUAUCAGUUCAAUAGAUCCACGGGGUAAUUCCAAUGAAAUUGUUGGUUUAAGUCCAAUACUGGGAAGUGAUGAUAGCGGGUCACUGCCGCGAAAAAUCGUAUCACGACAAUUACCAAAAAAAUCGGUUCAUAAUUCACGUAUGAAUCGUAAAGAAGAUCAACAACGAAUUACGAAUAAUCGCCUACAACGUGUUGUAAAUAUGAGUCCUCGAAACGAAUAUAAAUGCGAUAAUUCAAUGUUAAAUGUACGAGGUGGAACGAAUUAUCAAAUUGAGACGCAACAUCGUGAAAGUCCACGCCGUGAAAUGAUUGAUCAACGGUAUCAACAUAAAGAAUUAAUACGUUUAAAUUCGAACCACUCGUGUAAUUAUGCAGAUGAACGAAACGCGUUAAAUAUUAGCCCUAGAAUGUAUGAUGCAACUCCGAACGAUCCCCGCUUAAAUAUUCAUCAAAACGAACCAAUGCGUAUUAAUUCUGAGUCGAAUUUAAAUCGUAAUCAACGUUUUACAUCACACAGUAACGAUUCCAUAUACAAUUUACGUUUAUAUAACGAUGCCAGUCCAAAAUUAAAUGUGCAAUGUGGUGAACCACGAAUUAUUUUAUGUACAAGCCAUCAUCAACAAAUCGCCGAUAUAAAUAAUCGCCGUAUGAUGUUAUCGUUAGAUGAUACAAAUAAUGGUGCAGCUCGUUUAAGUCCACGGGAUAUUAUCAAUUUGAAUUGUGCACAAUAUCAGACAACAAAUGCGGCAUCUACAACUAAAAAUUUUAAUCCACAACCGAGAUUUGUACCAUAUCAUGUUGUUCCCCCACCGAAAACGAAACAAAAUAUUGUGAAUUCUUCAGUGCGUACACAAAUUAAUCGAAGUAAAACUCCAGAAAUAUUAUUAGCUCCGCAUUAUUUAGAUAAUACACGGGUGUAUUAUGAUUGGGGUGAUCGUUGUGGGCAAAGCAAUAUUUAUAGAAUUCAUGAUCAACACUUAAUUUUAAGUAACGACGAUAACAAUAGCACAUUACAACGACAACAUGUCUCAUCAGUGGCGAACAAUGAACCAAAUAGUGUUAGUGAUAAUGAAAAUAUAAUUGAACAACAUGAUAUACAUCAAGAUGAAACUAAUUACAAAGUGUAUCGAGCACCAUCUGAUAUCGACAGUCAAAUAUCAUUACCAAGAUCAUAUACAUUGCCAAGAGAAUUUAAAUAUUAUCGACGAAAUCGUGUACGAAAAAAUACACGUAAUGAUCAUUUUAUUGCAUCGACAAAUAGUAGUGAUGGUGAUGUUGACAGUGGCGAUGAUAAUGAUACAGAUGACAGUGUGAUGAUAUCAAUAAAACCACCGAACUUGCCUCAAUCACAAAAUACAAGCAAUAAUUCUUCAAGUGCCGUAAAUAAUGGUUUACGUAAUAAAAUGGUAUUACGACGACCGUAUGCAUAUCGUAACCAAGUGAAACAUGAAACGAAAUUAUAAAUUUAAAAAAAAGUGCCU